AUGCCUCGAGAAGAAAUAAAAAGCGAAACUACAGGAGGGACAGGAGAAGAGUCAUACGACAUAGAGGAUGACGUUGGUCCUUCUCGUAGCUACGGUACUGCACUGAAUGCAUUCGAUGGCAAUCAUCCACGGUACAAAUGCUGUUGCGGACACAUGCAUGCCAUGACUGGAGUGCAAAUUAUAGUUGCACUGCUUAGCAUUACCGUAUUCUUCGACAUGUGGCAAGUCAUUGGAGGAGCUGCUGCAAAUACGGAAUUUGACCGGUAUGACAUGGCCUCUGUGUGUAUUCGUUUCGCCAUCGGCGCUGGUAUCACAGGCACAGUCCUCGUCUCAUUGCUCACUGAGAGGCCGGUUCUACUUAUACCGUACCUCUUGUUACAGGGUGCAGGCUUAGCUGCUGGAAUGGUUUUCUUUGUCGCCUUUCUGUAUAUUUCGCUUUUUGGCGAUCGCUCAACGGCUAUCUCAUUUCUGCGCUCAAAUGGUCAUCCAAUCGACUCUCCCGAUGACGCUCGAUUAAGUGGGGAUAAGCGUGCAUUUGCAAAAGGUAUAGAAGAGCUGGAAGUCCCUGCAAGACCACUCGCUAGCACAUUACGAUCUUCCCGAUCAGCUGAGACAUUGGAAGGACCCAAGCGAAAGAAGGCAGCUGGUCGAGCAGCAAGUGUCAAUCUGGACUAUGUGUAA